CGUCUGCAUAAUCAAACUGAUUUGACCACACUCGUUUGAAUUUUAUAUUCAUUAUAGGCGCAAGAGAAGAGUACAAAGGAAAAAGGUCGUGUCUCUGAAGGCAAUCACUACGAGCUUCACGGACGUUCUGCACGCCAACUGUUCGGUGUUUUGCUGCUGCGAGCAUUUGGCAUCAACUUGUUUUUGAAGUUUCUUUUUUUUCAAAUCUCUGGUCAUGUUAUCCUUGCAAGCAAGAAAGGGUGCCACCUUAUGCAAUCAGCAUUUUCUCUCCAGGACAUUCAAUCUCUGCUUCAAGACGCUCACCACCCUUCCUACCAAAGACAUUGACGCAGCAUCCAGUUCUGCAACCGUGCCCCCUUCUGAAUACUCUACCAGCCUCCAUCUUUCUCCAAUUUUCUCCGACUUCAAUCAUCCCUCAACUGGGUUUGAUGUUGAACUUGUGGAUCAUGAUACUUGGGGUGUCUCAUCUGGGGUGGCACAAGCCUGGAGGGGACCUGCAUCAAGAGCUGGUUCCUUUGGUUCGCAAGAGACCGACGAGGCCAUUGAUGAUCAUGUUGAGGGUGAACUAGAUUUUGAGGACAUAGAUAACAUGAGAGUUCGUGGCAAUCUGUUUUAUAAGCUUGAGCGCAGCUCCAAGGAGUUUGAAGAGUAUAAUUUUGAUUUUCAUAGGAAGAAAUCUUCCAAGAAAAAAGAGGAGGUGAAGAAAGCUAAAACGACUCCAAAUUUGGUUUCCAAAGAUCACAAGGUUCCCAGAGUUGAUGAUUUGGCUAGAAGCAAAAGUGUUGUGCCCCGUGUGGACGAAAUCAAUGAUGGGCCUAGUGUGAACAAGAGGCAGAGGACUCCCACGUUUAACCAGCUUACAGGUCCUUAUCAUGAACCAUUUUGCUUGGACAUUUUCAUAUCAAAAGCCUCUGUUCGUGCUUGCGUUGUUCACAGGGUAACGAGCAAGGUUGUUGCUGUGGCACAUUCCAUUUCCAAGGACUUCAAGUUUGACCUGGCUUCUACCAAGAACAAAGCCACUUGUGCCGCAGUGGGGGCAAUUCUAGCUCAGAGAGCAUUGGGUGAUGAUAUCCAUGACGUGAUUUACACUCCAAGGAAAGGAGAAAGGGUGGAGGGAAAGCUUCAGAUUGUUCUUCAGUCCAUCAUUGACAAUGGCAUCAACGUUAAAGUAAAGAUUAAGCAGAGACCCAAGAAACCAUUCAACCGCAUCACUUGACGUGUGCAUUUUAUUCGGCACUAUAUAUAUAAAUGGAAGGGAUUUUGAAUCCUUUUACUUGACACCAUAUUCGAUGUUGAGAGAAAUCGUCAACAAAUGUGCGACUGCAACUGCAGUUGUGAUCAUGGUAACCCAAUACUUUUGAUGUUAUGGCUGAAGUUGUGCAUGAGCAGUUUCUUAUAACCUUGGUAAGUCUAGCCUAGGUAGGGUUUGAAU